CCAGUUCCCAAGCCGUGGGCGACCGCGCACACCCCACACGGCCCGACACGUACGUGGUUCUGCGGCCAGUGCUUGCACGGCGCAGCAGAGAGGUCCCAGCUCUAGCCCGAGCCCCCUGCGAUGGCGGCAGCUGCCGACUCGUCCCCGCCCGCCGGCGCCGCCGCUAGUGGGGCGUGGGAGUGGGAGGGGAAGGUGGUGUCGCCGGUGGCCGCGGCAACGGCGGACGAGGCUUGGGCGCUGCUGUCGGACUUCCUGGCGUUCCACCGGUGGCACCCGCGCGUGGCGGCGUGCCGGCUGGCGUCGGGCACCCCGCGCUUGCCCGGGUGCGUGCGCUACUGCGAGGGCACCGUCCCCCUGGCCGGCGACGGCGCGGCGCCGCCAGCCGACUGGGCGCACGAGACGCUGCUCGAGUACGACGCCGAGCGCCGCUUCUUCCGGUACGAGAUGAACGACAACAACAUGGGCUUCGGCCUCUUCUUCGCCACGUUCCGAGUCGUCCCGGCCGCCGCGGGCGCGGGGUGCGAGCUGCGGUGGGAGUUCGAGUGCGAGCCCGUGCGCGGCACGCCCAGGGAGGCGCUCGUGGCGCGCCUGCAGGCCGGGCUCGACGGCAUGGCCGCCCGCGUGCGCGACCACGUCCUGGCCGCGCGCGCCGCCGCAGCCUCCGGCACGGCCGCCGUGGCGCCGGCCGCCGGCGAGCUCAAGCUCGACAACUCCAUCGCCGUCUGAUCGAUCGAUCGCGCGCCCGUCCGUUUGUUCGCUGCCGGUGCUCACGCUCACGCUGUCAUCGUCGUGGUUAAGUUGCUGUUCCUGUUUCUCUCGUCCGCUCCUGCAUGUACGAUACGUGAGCGUACGGCUAAUCUGCUACUACCUUAUCUCACCGUAUAAAUGUACGUACGUGUAGUGUGUGCCGGGAAUAAAUGUAGCAGCGGUUUUUAAUUACUGUGCCCCUCGUAUUGUGCCAGACAUGGAAGUCGAUGCCUGUUCCUCU